CUUGAAGAAGACUCAAUGGAGCAGGACGUGGAGAGCCCUGUCACGAUUCAGCAGCCAAAGUUGCCCAAACAAGCUAGAGAGGAUCUUCCAAAACACAUAAGCAAAGUAUGUACCAAGAGAAAAAUUCAGAGGUAUGUUAGGAAAGAUGGGAAAUGCAACGUACACCAUGGGAACGUGAGAGAGACUUAUCGUUAUCUGAGUGAUAUCUUCACUACCUUAGUCGACCUCAAAUGGAGGUUCAACCUUUUGAUUUUUGUCAUGGUUUACACUGUGACGUGGCUCUUCUUUGGAAUGAUCUGGUGGCUAAUUGCUUACAUCCGAGGUGAUAUGGAACAUAUAGGAGACAGUACAUGGACCCCAUGUGUCAGUAACCUCAAUGGGUUUGUCUCGGCCUUUUUAUUCUCAAUAGAGACAGAAACCACCAUCGGGUAUGGUUAUCGGGUCAUCACGGACAAAUGUCCCGAGGGAAUUAUUCUGCUUUUAGUUCAGUCUGUUUUAGGUUCUAUUGUCAAUGCUUUCAUGGUUGGUUGCAUGUUUGUGAAAAUAUCCCAGCCCAAGAAGAGGGCAGAAACCCUGGUCUUUUCUACCAACGCAGUCAUUUCCAUGCGGGAUGGGAAGCUGUGCCUGAUGUUCCGAGUAGGGGACCUUAGGAAUUCACACAUUGUGGAGGCAUCAAUACGAGCCAAGUUGAUCAAAUCUAAACAGACAAAGGAGGGGGAAUUUAUACCACUCAACCAGACAGAUAUCAACGUAGGUUAUUACACAGGGGAUGAUCGUCUCUUUUUGGUUUCACCACUGAUCAUCAGCCAUGAAAUUAACCAGCAGAGUCCUUUCUGGGAGAUUUCCAAAGACCAAUUGCCCAAAGAGGAACUAGAAAUUGUUGUAAUUCUAGAAGGCAUGGUGGAGGCAACAGGAAUGACAUGCCAAGCGCGAAGUUCUUACGUAACCAGCGAGAUCCUGUGGGGUCAUCGUUUUACACCUGUCCUCACGCUGGAGGAUGGAUUUUAUGAAGUUGAUUACAACAGCUUUCAUGAAACAUAUGAGACCAACACACCGUCUUACAGUGCCAAAGACCUGGCAGAGAUGGCCAGCCAAGCAGAACUGCCCCUGACUUGGUCUGUGUCCAGCAAACUAAACCAGCAUGCUGACCUGGAAACUGAAGAGAGGGGAAAGAAUCAUGAAGACCAAACUGAAAGGAAUGGUGACGUGGCAAACUUAGAGAAUGAAUCCAAAGUUUGA